UCCAAUGAUUUUUCCGAUUUUUCCAAAGAUUAGAUACACGGUAUAUAGAGAACUAUUAGAUAGUUAUUCUCUAUGUACCGUGGAGGAUAGAUAUUUUGAAGUUUUUCAAAUACGAAGGUGACUGGUGCCGCCGCGCCCCUGUCGUAUGUCUGAGAGCUCGGGCGACUCGGCCACAGAGUUCACUUGUCUGAUGGAUACCGCGGUGGCCGUGGGUCAUGCCGGCGCCGGCAGCGGCAACCCGGCGCGCCGCAAACGCCGCUCGGGCGCCGCCGACGCCGAGCCGGCCGCGGCGCCGGCACCGGGCCCACCGCCGCCGCCUCCUCCGGCCCCGCCCGAGGGCGGCCGGCGCGGCUCGGAGCGCGAGGUGGUCGAGGAGGUGGUCGAAGAAGAAGAGGAGGAGCUCAAGUACGGCGCCUCGCACGUCAUCAAGCUGUACAUGCCGGUGACGCUGUGUAUGCUGGUGGUGGUAGCCACCAUCAGUAGCAUCCAGUUCUACAAGGAGGAGUCCACCACCUACCUGCUGUACACGCCGUUCCACGAGACCUCUGACAACGCGGGCACCAAGGCGUGGAACGCGUUCGCCAACGCCGCCAUCCUACUCUCGGUGAUCGUCUGUAUGACCUUCUUCAUCUUCAUGCUGUACAAGUACCGCUGCUACAAGUUUAUUCACGGAUGGCUGAUUCUAUCGUCGUUCAUGCUGCUAUUCAUGUUCACCUACAUUUACAUGUCGGAGGUACUGAACGCGUACAACGUUCCGAUUGACUACAUGACGAUCCUGUUCUCGCUGUGGAACUUUGGCGUGGUGGGUAUGGUGGCCAUCCACUGGAAGGCGCCGCUCAUCAUACAGCAGGCGUACCUGAUCUUCAUGUCCGCUCUGAUGGCGCUGGUGUUCAUCAAGUUCAUGCCCGACUGGACGACGUGGGUGGUGCUGGGCACCAUCUCCGUCUGGGACCUGAUAGCCGUCCUCUGUCCGCACGGGCCGCUCCGAAAACUGGUGGAGACCGCACAGGAACGGAACGAACAGAUCUUCCCGGCGCUCAUCUACUCGUCGGCCAUGGUGUACAGCACGGUGGUGAUGGCCACUGACGAGGGCAGCGCCCCGCCGCCGGCCCGGCCCCCUCGGCGCCGCUCGGCCGCCGAGAGCGACGACGGAGGGUUCGCCGAGAUGAACGACCCCGACCGGCAGGAGCGGGCCGCCCGGCGCCGACAGCAGGUGGUUCACCAGGCGCCGGCCGGCGACCGGCAGCGCCAGCCGCCGCCUCAGCCGCAGUUUGUCGAGGACGAGGAGGAGCGGGGCAUCAAGCUCGGCCUGGGCGACUUUAUCUUUUACAGCGUGCUGGUGGGCAAGGCGUCCUCGUACGGCGACUGGAACACCACCAUCGCCUGCUUCGUGGCUAUCCUCAUUGGUCUGAGUCUGACGCUGCUGCUUCUGGCCAUCAUCAAGGCCGCGCUGCCGGCACUGCCCAUCUCCAUCACCUUCGGCCUGGUGUUCUAUUUUGCCACGCGUGCCGUGAUCGCACCAUUUGCUGACAGCCUGGCGCUGCAGCAGGUGUUUAUAUAGCGGCGGCGGGACACGGAGACACUGCGGAGCCCGCCGCCGCCGAGCCGCCCGACAGGUGCUUAGAUGGUCCUUGUGAUGCCACGGGGGGAAAAUAUGUGGAAUCAUACAUAAUCCCGAUUUCCGUGUCAAUAGAUCCCAGAGACAUGACGUUGAGAUACAUCCAUUCGGUGCUCACUAACUUUGUGAAAGCGAAUGUGUGAUUAGAAAAUUGUGCAGUGAGAAACUAGUGACCCAAACAAUCAAACGAUUCGAGCAUUUUAUGAGUGAGAAAACACGCUACGCCCUACUUGCAAGAGAGAUCUUUGUAUGUGAAAGUAUUAGUAACAUUCCACGCGGCGCGGACUCGACCAUCACCGACCUCAUAUCCGUGGAAGAAAUGACUCCACUCCGGACCAAGCGCCGCGUCUUUCCUGUCAAACGGUGCGGGCUGGUGUGAGCACGGACUAAACCUCUGAGCGGAGUGUCGCCAUGUCACCUCCGCAAGACAACAGGCCCACGGAGGACAAUGCACUGCGAUGCUGGUAUUUCGGUGACUCUGAGACAGGUAUGAAGCCUGAGAGACUGGAAGUGGGAGAUAAGGGAGGGAGGAUGGUCAGAGUAGUGACACUGAUUCAAGUGGACCGCUGGGACGGCAGUCGGAAGGAGCUACCGGCGAGUGGCAGGGUACUGAGAUCCACAGCAGUGGCGGCAUGACGAAGCUCGAAGACGGUGCUCAGCCAGAGCGGCAGGAGCCCCCUGACAGGUCCGUGGUGUGUUGAUUGACACAGACCCGAUGGACAUGACAGUCCUCUGACAGGACUGAUGACAGGUCUGUAACGGCAGGUCCAUGACAGGUUUGUAAGGGAUGUAAUGAGUCGGUGUCAGGGUCACAAGACAGUGCUCUUUGCACCGGUAUACGUUAUCAAAGUGGUGUGCUUUUUAUCUGUGCUUGGUGUGCUUCAUAUUUAAUGCGCUUUUACCGUCGCGAACUAUUCGUAAUCCUUGCGCGGUAUAAUAGUUUCGCAUUAUCAUUCCAGUCGCAUCGGCUUGUGUACCCAAAGAUGUCUUGUUUGAAUGUUGAGCGUACUGAUCAGUCAUCACCCUGUGUUGCUUUGCUUAUUCAACACGGCGAUUAAGCUUCUAGAAUAGUUGGGAGAUAAUUUGAAUCGUGCUGUUCACAGUCGCCUACGGGACGGGAAUUGUACCGAAUAUGUCGCUCUACCAAUUAAUACAUAUUCGUUGGGACUA